AGAAAAGCAAAAAAAAAUGUCAUUCUCUUGGAAACUCAUCGGUGAAAUAUUUCAGAUAUGUCGUUGCUAGAUGUUCUUGAGAUGCGCGCAUAUUUCGAUUUGCUGGAGCAAACGCGAGAUCAGUCAAACGCCAUUCCGUGGGGCAGCGGAAACUACAUAAUAAGACAUGACCUCGCUUACACAGAAGAUUUUGUGCUGGUUAAAAAUAUUUACGUGACGGGCAUACCCAAUCAUGUAAUCCCAGACUUUUUAGAGGAGUAUUUUAAAAAAUUUGGAAAAAUAAAAAGCAUUAAAAUAUUAAAUGGAAAGCAAUGGGUCUGUACCAAAGGUGCAUACAUUCACUAUGUCGACGCUGAAGCCGCCUGCAGAGUACUCCGCAAAAGUCAUCACUUCCUAUGUGGUGGUGUCUUAGAGGUGGAUUGUUGCUUUAGUUGGAAGCAGCCCAAUGCUGACAAAGCGUGUCGACCACCAAUAAGUCCCGCUAAACUCCCACAUUUAAAAGAUGAAAUAGACAAAUGCCAAAUGAAGAGUAUGGAAACAACUAACGGUUUAAGUUUGCUAUCUUUAGACGACGAUUGUUUGGAAAUUAUUUGCCGCGGAUUGAAGCCGAAGGAGCAGGUGCGCUUUGCGCGUGUUUGUCCACGACUGGAAAAUGUUUUUGCACAAUACUGUCGGCGAGCGUACAAAAUACUAGUUCUUGAGAAUAUCAUAGACCUGACGGUGUGGGAGGCACGCGAUUUCUUUCGUUUCGCUGGCGAAUAUAUUGAGGAGUUGAAGGGAGGAUUUCAUCAUAAAUUUUUGGAAGAAAUUCUAAACUAUAUUGUUAAAUAUUGUCCCCGAUUGGUAAAGAUAAACUUGGGGGAUACCGCUUUGUCGCAGCGUUGUUACACGAGAUUUAUGCGCAGAUUGCCACAGAUCAGGGAGUUGAGCUUCAAUUACGGUUAUUACAAGGAUAAUUCGAUAUUAUCGCUACAAAACCUUAAACAUUUGGAAUCGCUGGCGAUAUGCCGCAAUGAGGGACUAACAGGCAAAUUUAUAUGUAGAUUAGGGCAAAUAACAGACCUUUGCCUCUACGACUUAAAUGGCUUGGAACCGGAGCACUUGGUGGAUAUCUGCAAAUCCCUGAAGAACCUGCGCUCCCUUGACAUACGCCGUUGUGAGCGUAUUUCUGCACAGUUUUAUAGAAAUAUCGAAAAUUAUUGCCAAAACCUUGAAGUUCUAAAAAUAACUUGUCCCAAACGCUCAUAUGAACAUUUGGCUUUAUUGCCGAAACUGAAACAGCUCGACCUGGUGUUUGCCGUGCAACCUCAAAACGAUAUACCCAUAAUCGGGCGUUUGGUCACACAUAAGGCUGAUCAAUUGGAAGUACUGAAUAUCUACACCAAAAACCACUUGUCCAAAUCGCACAUUAAUCUGAUAUCGCAAUUGACACAAUUGAAGGAGCUUUCUGUCGCCUACAAUCAGGUUGUCGACGACAUUGCACUGCAAAAGCUUUGCAACCUUAAAAAAUUGGAGGUCUUAACUAUCGCCGGUUGCUCCGAUGCAACGAAAGACGGGGUUCUGGCACUGCUGGAACAUUGUCCGAAACUUCGGGAAAUUCGUACACAGCACUGCAAGCAAAUCACGUGUGAAUUCGUAACGGAAGCGAUUGAUAUUUUGCAAGCCCGAAGGCUCAAGGGCAACCAAGAGACACUAAAACUGUUCGCUCACGAUACGUCUUUAACGAAGGAUUCGAAAGUAUUUGAGACAAAAAAAUACGAAUUGGCUCUGUCGCAAUCGCUCAUAAAAAUUGAUUUAAUCAAGGCUCAAAUUGGCUUGGAGAACUUUAAGGACAUUCAUCCACCAUGGGUAGAUUACUAUACUGAAGAUGAGUUGUCGGAAGAGGAGGAAUAAAUGAUAUCAAUAAAAUAAAUGAAUUAUUAAUUGAUAUUCGCUACAAUAAGCUUUUGCCCGUGACUCCGGUUAAGAAAUAAAUUAUGCAAAAUAAAAUAAAUUACAAUUAAAUUUAGUAGACUAACAAAUAAAUA